AUGGAAAAGCUGGGAAAGUCAACCUUUGAGCAGCGUUUAAGAUCAAAUCUACUACAGUACUUAUCUGUUACAAACACACGGACAAUGACUCCAGUGAGACAAAACAUUCUUCAAAUUUUGAUUUUCCUGUAUGGAAAAGAAACUGCAAACAAAAGCACAGGAUUUUCAUAUUCCGAAAAGAAAGAGGUUGCUGAUCAACAGAAGAAGUAUGUAUUAUAUGCAUACUUAUUCAUGGAGGCCCUGAAAUCCAGAACUGUGACGGCUACUGAUUUAAGUACUCUAAAUAGAAUGUGGACAAAUCAUUUGCUGUAUUUGGUCAAAGACGGAAAAGAAAAGGCUGCUCAGAAUUAUGUCAGAAUUCUGGAGGACAGCGAUGAAACUGUUUUCAAUAUUAAAAGAUUUCAACGCCAACUACAGAAGACCAGAGCUGUCUUGUCAAAGAACAAGGAUUGUAAAUCACAGGAAUUGGUUUCGUCUUUCUGCUUUAGAAAACCAAGCUUUGUUGAGCGGAUGUCGAUGAAUUUAAGGAAGUUGUUUGGUCAGCGUGACCCUGAUGACUUUUUUAUGCUAAAGUUUCAGGAUGUCAACUAAAACAGAGAUGCAAGCCUCUCAAGACAUUCUGAUAAAACGGAGACUUCAAAGUCUUGCGCUGUCAUUCUUGACCAUUUUCCGAGGAAAAAUCAUUAUUGUAAUCAUCAUCGUCUUCGAUCGUCAUCAUCAGUGCCAUCAUCGUUAUUCUCAUUAUCAUCAUUGUAUUAUCAAUAUCAUUAUCAUUUUUUUUUAUUAUUCAUUCAUGCAUUUAUUGUUGUAAAUAUUUCAUACAUACAUUCCGGCUUCGUAAAUACCAUUCACCCUA